GGAACAUCUUGGAGAUUUAACUCGCCAUCAUCUCCCCAUAUGGGAGGAAAAUGGGAAGCCGUAGUGAAAUCUAUCAAGUUUCACUUACGACGCACAAUUGGCGAAACUCCGCUCACCUUUGAAGAGUUCUCUACUCUGCUCACCCAAAUUGAGGCAGUACUCAAUUCCAGGCCACUCGAGCCUUUGAGUGACGACCCUGACGAUCUAUCGGCACUCACUCCUGGACAUUUUCUUGUGGGCUCAGCGCUCAAUGCCAUACCAGAACCAUCACUCAUUGACAUUUCGACUUCUAGAUUAUCUCGCUGGCAGCUCAUCCAACAGAGGGUCCAGCAGUUCUGGUCGCAAUGGUCGUCUCACUACCUGCAGCGACAACAGGCGAUCUCCAAGUGGCACCACCCUACCAACGACAUUACGGUCGGGUCAUUGGUGUUGCUCACGGAUGAGAGAAUGCCUCCAUCGAAAUGGCCCCUGGCAAGAGUAUUGGAGCUGCAUCCAGGAAAGGAUGGACUCACCAGGAUCGUCACCAUCAAAACGGCGACGACAACGCUCACCCGGCCCAUCUACUAAAAGCCAUAGAUGAUGGUAUUAAGGCACUACUUAAAAAUGCAAUUCCAUUGAUGUGUUAAGUUCAAUUUAUUAAAAUUAUUAACGAGUAAUAUGUACACGAUUUCAAGCAAAGUUUAUGGUCACGUUUGACUUAUGCUCUAACGAAUAACCGCUUGUAUUGGGAACUGGAACACUUUAUUUCUGUAAAUACUGAAACCAACAGUCGAAAUCGUCUAACAGAAUCAUGUAAAGUCUUAGGCUACAUAUAAACCAUUGUAUACCCUGUAAUUUCAUUCCAAUGAAAUAAAGAAAGAUAUCACGUUUCCAUGUAAAA